AUCCCAACCAUGUUCAACCACAUAACACUUCACACACACGUCAUUUCUCUCGUCACGUGCGAAUCAUAAUCACCCUUAUAUAUACCAAACAACACCUUCUUCAUUUGGCUGUCAUAUUAUAACACAUUCAUUACAUAGCUCUACCACUACUGCACUCUGUUGAAAUGGCUGUUAGCUUGAGUUUCAUUAUUGGCAUUAUUGGCAAUGUUAUUUCUUUUCUGGUUUUUACGUCUCCCAUAAAAACGUUCUGGGGAGUGUUGAAGAAGAAAUCAACAGAGAACUACCAAGGGCUUCCAUACAUAACUACACUUCUGAGUACAAGCUUAUGGACAUUCUAUGGUAUAUUGAACCCAAAUGGGUUACUAAUCAUGACAGUUAAUGGCGCUGGUGCCAUCUUGCAACUAAUCUAUGUAAUCAUCUUUCUCAUCUAUGCUCCCAUGGACAAGAAGGUAAAAACAGGGAAAUUGUUUGCCAUUCUGGAUGUGGGGUUUUUUGGAUCAGUAAUCGUGUUGACUCUGUUUGCUAUACGUGAAGAAAUAAAACUUACCUUUGUUGGACUUUUGUGUGCUGCAUUAACUAUAGGCAUGUAUGCCUCACCACUUACUGUCAUGGGGUUGGUGAUUAGAAUGAAGAGUGUGGAGUACAUGCCCUUUUUCCUCUCAUUUUUCUUAUUUUUAAAUGCUGGGAUUUGGUCCAUUUAUUCUAUGCUGGUCAAGGACUUCUUCAUUGGUGUACCAAAUGCAAUAGGAUUCAUAUUGGGGUGUGCUCAACUUAUACUAUACUCGGUGUACAGAAACAAGUCCAAAAAACCCUUAGAGGUAUUGGAGGAAGAAGGGUCAGUAACUUUAAAAGAAAGAGCAGUAGAAAUGCAAGAACAUGGUGGUGAUGGUGAAGAAGUUGAUUUGAAGAAUAAGAGCCUUAACAAGGGACUCAGCUUACCAAAGCCAUUGAUAAAGCGUCUAUAUAGCAUGCCAACUAAGAUAAUGAAGACUAUUUCUUUAAAUUCAUAUGAAUUGGACUCAGCUUGGGCCCUUGGGCUUGGGGAAGACAUUGAAGCUGCAGAAAAGAAAUCAUCAUUAGUUUAACUGUAUAACCAAUUUGGUGGGGCUUAUUGAGACUGAAAUUGUAGGAAUUUGGUUUAGAGGUGACACUUUUUUUUUGUAUACUAUUGGUGUGGUAUCAUAUAUAUACUUAUGUUUGAAGUAGAUUUUAAUCAUAAGAAAAAAUAAGAAUCUCUAUAUGUUAGCCGAAAUUACUUAUAUGCUAUAUGUGAAUAUAUAUUGAAAUUACAUAUCAAAUAUAAGACUACUGUAGAGCCAAGCACACUCAAUCCCAGUCUCCACCCGCCAAAUCAAGUUAUAAAGCAAAUCAUUACUUCAUUCUUUCUUACAUUUGAAAAUAAAACCGAAAACUAAAACUGAGCAAGAUUUAACAAACAAACUACAUCCAUAUUGUAACUGCCCUAAAUAAAAAGAUUCUACUGAACGACCUCGCUCUCCCCUGUUCACUAAAUUGAUUUCCUCUUUCAUAGAAGCAUCUCCAUCGUUGACAGUUGACACCACAGGUUCCUGCGGAGUCUCUCGCACGACUCAAAUGGGUUUCCAAAUCAUGGCACGGUUUGAUCACUGACCCAUCAUUUGCAUUCCAACACCACCAUAAGAACGAUGGCUUGUCAUCAACUUCAAUACUUUUGAGUUGGGUUAGCUCUGAUUUAACAGGGGAUGAGGAAAUGAAGCCAUUACGUUCUGCGUUUAGAAUCCCUGAGGCUGUUUAUCCUACCGACUUCUUUAACCUCUUUCAUUGUAUGAGUGAUUUUUUCGACCAUUUACCUCAUACCUAUUAUUGGGAUGAGAUGUAUGAUUUUUAUCGUACCUAUCAUUGUAAUGGAAUCAUUUGUAUAGCUCAGUACUUCAUGGAUAAAGGUCAAUCUGUUCUCAUAAAUCCUGUUAUUAGAGAAACCAGGAUUCUUCCUGCAACAUCCAUUAAUGAUCGUGGUAUUGUGAGGACUCAUGGAGAGGGAUUUGGAUACGAUUUGCAGGCUAAUGAUUUUAAGUUGGUCAGGAUUUUUGGUCAUCGAUUUACAUGUUCAGCCGAGUUGUACAGCAUGAAUUCCGAUUCUUGGAAAGAGAUUGUAAUUGAUGAAGAACUUGAAGAAGCUCCUUUUUGCCGAGGCAGAGGAGUAUUGUGCAAAGGAGUUUUUUAUUGGUUGAUGUUAUUAAACACUGGGUAUGAAACAAUUCUUACUUUUGACAUGUCUACUGAGGAGUUUCACACCAGGCCACCACCAGUAGGUCCAAUACAAGGGGCAGCCAAUGACAAUGAUGAGGAGUUUCUCAUUGUUGAAUAUGAAAAGUGCCUUGUAGAAUGGAAUCAAUCAGUUGCCUUGCUUAUGGUAAAGGUAGAGGAAUUUGAAGUGAAUCUUCCUUGUACUAUUGAAAUGUGGGUAUUGGAUGACAACAAUGAUGGUGAAUAUUCUUGGACUCAACAUCCAACCAUUGGGAACUUUGAAACCUAUUACUCCCCUCUAAUAUUUUGGAACACAGAUGAGCUUCUCAUGGUAAACUAUCGUCACGGAGUAGUGUCUUACAACCUCAAUUACCAAACAUUUAGAUCUCUUCUCAUUCCUAGGCUUAAUGUGAGCACCUGUAUAUCCAACUACUAUGUCCAGAGUUUGAUUUCUGUUAAAAGAAGAGACGACUAGCCUAGCUUCCGAAGCCUCGUUUCAGUUUCAGAUGAACAUUAGUUUUUAUGUUUUUGUUUAUAUUGAUGUUUCCACAAUAUUGUUUUCAGUUACGAAACUAUAGUACUUCUUUUGGUUGUCUUUGUUGAUCUCUAUAAUAAUACCACUCUUGUUAUUCAAA